AGAUCCUGCCGGCAGAUCGCUGCUGCACAGCGCCUCAUCGACGUCUCUAACUGUUGUUGCGGGCCGGAAAACAGAAUUGAGUGCAGUGACAAGAAGCGACUUCAUGUAUUUGAUUUCACCAUUUUUUUCCACAUUUUCUGGACUUUGACCACCAGAGUACACCUGUGUAUUUCCAUAGACCAGAAAAAUGAACAUCAUUUUAAUACUUUUGUGGAGUACAGUUUUUUGUGAUGCAGACAGGCUCAAUCUCAAAGGAAAACAGCAAUUUCCGAUAAAUUUGUUUUGGAAUUCCCAGAACUCUGUUGUUGAAAAUACGCUGUUACCAAAUGAAAUUCUGGAUCUGUCCCUCCAAAAUAUAAGUGGCUUUAACAGUGCAUAUUUGGCUGAAAUGACAGAUUUAAAGCUCAUCAAUGUGUCAUUUAAUAAUAUAGAAGAACUUGAAGAUGACCUUUUUAAAUCCACUCAGAAACUCAAGUAUCUUGAUUUAUCACACAAUGAGUUGCAUAAUAUAUCCUGUGAAUUUUUAGUCUGUCUUCCUGAACUUGAAUAUUUGGAUAUUUCUUCAAACAAGUUUAUGGCAUUAAAUUUAGGAAGUGCUUUUAAGUCAGUGGUGAAUCUUAAAUUUCUAAGGGUUAGUGCUGAAAAACUUCAAAGAAAUGACCUUAAGAAUAUUGCAGGUAUUAGGCUAAAUAUUUUUUUUAUUGAAAUAAGGAAACCCUGGAAUUAUGAAAAAAAUAGUUUAGAUUGGAUAAACACAAACACAGUUGUUAUUGUAUUCCCUAAUGAUAAUGUGGAUAAAGUGGGUGCUUUUCUUUCAGAUGUACUGGAAAUUUCAACAAACAUAGAGAUUAUUGGCAGUGCAUAUGUGAAAAAAUACUGUUCCGAUUUCUCAUAUGCUUCUUCUAGUUUUGUAAGUUUUAAUUUGACUAAUAUGUAUUUAACAAAUUUCCAAAUCUCUUUCGAUUGUUUUUUCAAAGCUGUUAAUCUGUUUUCCAAAUUACAAGGACGAAAGCUUCAUGUAUAUAAUUUAACUGUGACUGUUACAAAUAAUGAAUGGAAUAUUCCAGAAAUGUUUCUUCCAUUUGAAACAUUAUCAGUACAAGUUGCAAAAGUUAAUGGGGGGGCAUAUUCUAAUUCAAAUGUAUAUAAUGUUAUAAUUAACAUGAAGAUUAAAAAUCUUAAAAUUUCUGAAACUCCAUUGUUCCAUAUAACUUGCCCAACUGACAGCAUACACGAGGUGUUAGAUUUCUCAGACAAUUUUUUUUCAGAUGAGAUAUUUUCCUCUCCUGGAGUCUCUGCCUGUAAAACAUUUUGUUUAUUACACACAUUAAUUUUAAAAGGGAAUAAGCUAAUGCAUCUUGACAAGCUGAGUGUAAGAACCCAGCAUAUGAAGGCAUUAACAGAAUUAGAUGCCAGUUUUAACAUGCUUACAAGUGAAUCUAGAAACUGCUAUUGGCCACUAAGUUUAAGUAAGUUAAAUUUAUCUUUUAAUUCUCUUGACAGUUACGUUUUUCACUGUAUACCCAUUAUGGUACAAAUUUUGGACCUACAGUACAACCAAAUAACCAGCAUACCACAAGAUUUGGUCCCUCUGAAUGCUUUAAAAGAGAUUAACCUGUCAUCAAACAGACUGUUUAAUAUCCCUGAUUGUAAAAAUUUUCAUUUUGUGGAAUUACUCUUUUUGAGCAGCAAUGUCAUAAAGACUCCAUCAGCAGAUUUUCUUGAUAGCUGCCAGAUUCUGAAACAACUGGAUAUUAGCAGAAACCCCUAUAUAUGUGAUUGCAGUUUAAGCUUUCUUCAAAAUAGGGACAAAUCCAAACUUACAUUGCUUGGGUGGCCUAAAUUAUACAGCUGCAGUGAACCAGAAGCAUUGAAUGGAACGUUGUUGGAAGAGUUUCACAUGUUUGAAAUAUCAUGCAAUCUAGCUCUUCUGCUUACAGCCAUUCUCAUUCCAUUAAUAGUGAUUGUUAUUUCAAUAGCAGUGCUGUGUAAGCAUUUUGACGCCUCUUGGUAUCUACGAAUGAUGUGGCAGUGGACACAAACAAAGCAGAGAGCAAAGACAAAACAGAUAUUAGAAACCCGACGAGAUCUGGCAUACAAUGCUUUUGUCUCCUAUAGUCAAGAUGACUCCAUUUGGGUCAAGGAGUAUCUUCUUCCAAACCUGGAAGAGAUGGGCACAUUAAAGAUAUGUUACCAUGAAAGGAACUUUAUAGCUGGAAAAAGUAUAAUUGAAAACAUCAUUACAUGCAUUGAGAAGAGCUACAAAUCCAUCUUUGUUUUAUCUACCAAUUUCAUCAGUAGUGAGUGGUGCCAUUAUGAACUGUACUUUGCUCAGCAUCAGCUGCUAUCAGAAAAUACUGAAAAUUUGAUUCUGAUUUUGUUGGAGCCCAUUCCUCAUUACCUGAUUCCAUCAAAAUAUUAUAAACUCAAAGAUCUGAUGUCAAGAAAGACCUAUAUGGAGUGGCCCCAAGAUAAAAACAAGCAUAAGUUGUUCUGGGCUAACCUACGAUCUGCCAUACAUAUCAAUCUGUCAGAACUUGCAGCAAGAUGAACUGAAAACAAUGCAAGCCCCUAAAGUGUUAAAUGUUAUUUGUGGUAACGCCACUUAAAAAACAAAAACAAAGAACAAGUGGAAUAAUUAUGAUCCUUUUUGGGAUGGAGUAUUCCUUUAACAUAUAUUAUUUUUUUACUUACCUAGGAUUGCUUGUUAAUAAUGACAAAGAAAUAUUUUAAUGUUAUGUUUUUAUGGUGAAUGGAGAUCAGAAACUCCCAGAUAGAGUUGUUGUCAAUUGGGAGCAAUGA